AUGAUGGCACUCCGCGUGAUCAUUGUAGCGGUGCUGUCAGCCAUGUACCCGGUCUCACCUCCAAAGUUUUCCGCCCCAUGCUUUGACACUUCAGGUGCCCAGUGCCCUGGGCACUGUUCUUGCACGGCUCCCGCCUCGAUACUUCGCCUAGAAAUUACACCAAGAAAAGCCCCGCACUUUCUCAAGAACUCCGAGGGCCAAGCUGCGGCAAGGAUCCAAGUCUUGGCAGGACUGCGUCGAUGCGUCGAUUGGAUUUCUCUCCCUGCAGCUGUUCAGAAUGCCUUGGAGAACACAAAAAUGAAGGUGGAGAUGGCAGCGUUGGCUUCCAGUGCUUCCCGAAAACUUCUGGCGGGAGUCCAAGGGUCCUUCUCGCCGAUGGUCGCCGCAGAGUCGCGCCACGAGUGUCGCAAGUCGCGAGGCUUGGCAGACUGCCGCCAGACGGAGCCGGUUGCCACUCGUGUGGCGCUGCGCUCGGCAUCUGGCAUCGCCGUGCAAAGUGCCGAUGUCGUCAGCUACGACCGCUUCUGCUUGUACACCUGCAAGCCUCUCCUGACAGAUGAGAUCAAGCCAGUCGUAGACUGCGCGCAUCUCAACGACAAAGAAAUUACGGAUCUGGCCCAGAGCCCUUCUUCCAACGGAAGGGAAAUUGUGUACGAGGCGCAUCCCCUUGCGCGAGUGGGGCCUAUCUCCCGGGUUCUCGCACAGCCCGAGGCAUCCAUGUUGGACACAUCGGUGGUUGACAGGUCCAGCGAUCCGGUGAGUGCAAUCCGAGCAACCUUUGCAUCCUUGAGGAAAGAAGAGACUGCAGCGCCAGGUGUCAGUCCCUACACUCUUCCUGAUGCUGCGAAGGCCCCUCCGCUUUGUGUCUGCCACUGUGGCAACAAGGUGAAUCGCAUGCGCCAGACGGAAAGUGAUGGCAUCCUCUACCCGAAGCCCAAGCAGGUCCGAUUGCCUCUCGCCGUCACUUCUGCCGGCAACCCUGCUGCGCAGCCAGAACCUCCACAGCCUCCCAUGCCACCGUCCGUGCCUGAUCUUGAGUGUCAGCACGGCAAGUGUCCUUUUCUGCUGGCCGUUUUCUCUUCUGUCGGUGAAACGUUGUGCAUCACGGCAUCCUCUCCGUGCCAGCCGACAGACCAGCAAUCGUGA